UGAGCGUAGUAGGUUGUGUCUUUGUACGUCCCGCCGUCGUUUUGUGUGGAGCACUGCAUACAACUUUUUUCCUUGUUUCAACUCUAAUUUCCGAUUCGUUGAUACCGCACGAGCUAACGGCAGUCAGACGAACAACAUCCAAUGCCGGAUGGUACUAAAAUUAACGUGAAAACAGUAUUUUUCGUUUUUUGUGAAUAGUCAAAGUUCCAGUUGCAGCAGUACGGGGUCAAAGAUUGUGGCUGCACGGUUUCAGUCAAUUGGAAAAGCGUUUGUUCCUUGCUGGUUUCUAUGAGGAGGCUUUUGUUCGGUUUGUGAACAUCAGAAGCUAGGUUUUGGAUAAAUGUUUUACGAGUGAAAUCAAAAAAUCAUAUACUGUGGAGUUUGUAGCUCGUCUAUAAAAAUUCAGCGGUGUUAAUAAGGAAAUUCUCUGUAGUAGUGAAAUAUGAAAUAUCAGUGCAAAUUUAUCAAAUUUCUGUAACAGCACAGUUUUUGAUUGAUUCAGUGAAAAAAGGUCCAAGCAAGGCUACGACAUAAGUUUUCUGCGACAAACCGUACCCGACUUCCAGUCCGGCAUUGCAUUGGUGUGAGGAGUACGACAGUGUACUUUUAUAGUGAACGGUAAAGAAUACCACUGCUGAUCAAACAGCAGCAAAGGAAACGCUCUAAACCAGUUUCCGGCAGGUUUUGUGGCGGUUGUGACGUAUUCUAAAUCAUAGAAGAACUACAAAACGCAUCACGUUCCCGCCAAUAUAAAGCCAGUCCGUAAUUUUCCAAAACGACACUAUCGGAAUUCAAGAUUGUGACAGCUAACUAUGUCGAGUCAACAGAAGCAUCGCAUCCAGGUUCCAGAUGGAUUACGCGACGUGCUGCUGGAAUUCUCGAUAGCUUACCUACUGGAACAGCCGGGCGAUGUGAUCGACUACGCGGUGGAGUUUUUCUCAAAACUACAGGAAAACCGAAAGACCACCAUGAUCACAUCGGCCGAGCCCGCAUCCCCGGACGAAAGCAUAAUGUCACACGAAGAAGAACCCCUAGUGAACCGGUACGCCUCACGCAGGAAAUCAGUGUUCGCGGAGACAUACGAUCCAGAAAAUGACGACGAUGAUGACGGAGCAAGAGCGAUAUUUCCCAAGACGGACGAACAACGGGCACGAUUGUGUGAUUCAGUCAAAAAUAUCCUGCUAUUCCGGUCGCUCGAUAAGGAACAGAUGAAUGAAGUGUUAGAUGCCAUGUUCGAAAAGAAAGUCAAAGCGAAAGAUUAUAUUAUAAAACAAGGAGAUGAUGGGGAUAAUUUCUACGUCAUUGAGUCAGGAGUUUACAAAGCAUAUGUCGGCGAGGAUCAGAAACACAUACACACAUACGAGAAUAGCGGCAGCUUCGGCGAACUAGCUUUAUUAUAUAACAUGCCAAGAGCUGCUACGAUUCAAGCCGAAACGGAAGGUCAACUGUGGGCGAUGGAUCGCCAGACGUUCCGAAGAAUAUUGCUCAAGUCUGCCUUCCGGAAACGAAAGAUGUACGAGGCAUUACUCGAUGCGGUUCCUAUGCUGAAAACUUUACAGAGCUACGAGCGAAUGAACCUGGCCGAUGCUCUUGUACCUCGAACUUAUGCGAAGGGCGAAAGAAUCAUCAAACAAGGUGACGUUGCCGACGGGAUGUACUUCAUUGAGGAUGGCAAAGUGUCGAUCCGCAUCCAGCAGGAUGUUGGUGAGGUUGAAAUUUCGGACCUGGAGAAAGGACAGUACUUCGGAGAGUUGGCAUUGGUGACUCAUCGGCCACGUGCAGCUUCAGCGUACGCAGUGGAUAACGUGAAAGUGGCAUUUUUGGACGUGGACGCAUUCGAGCGACUCCUUGGUCCAUGCAUGGACAUCAUGAAGCGCAAUAUCGGAGAUUAUGAGUCACAGUUGUUGAAAAUAUUCGGUAGCAAGAACAAUAUUUCCGACAUCCGAUAAGCGCCAGUCGUCUACACCUUCCAGUCUUAAUUGCUUGUAGUUGUAGAAGUAGAAAAAAGCAGUAGAUACUACCCACACUGUUCCUAGCCGUCGCCCAAUAUAUAUCCAAAUUUGAAGCUAGUGUUGGGUAGUGUCCCAUAGAGUAGCGGUUACAUGUUGCCGGGGUGUAUUUUCUCUACCAUCUGAAGAUCAACUUGGGAGGUUGGCGUUUGAGUUUAAACUUUUCACAUCCUAACAUCACUGAAGACUAACAGCAGCGAAGCUCAAAGGUCACUUUCCAUAGAGCAGCUCACGGAGGGUAGCAGACUAGACAGUCCAGCAAUAUCAAAAACACAAACAACACAACUCUCGUAAUCGGACCGCGUACGUAGUCAGUCGGAAGUGACGUGUUCAACGUUAGCAGAAUUGAACAACUCGACGCAGCAGAGGAUGCCAUCAUUGUUUUGCAAGUAAUUAGUAGUACUACUAGGUUAGAGAAAUAUCGGAUAAAUCAAUGCGGAUCGGUAGCAGUAAACAAGCAAUUGCGCGGAUAGAAUCUAUAGCAAACCGAGAGCUUAAUAGCGAGAAAGACGAGAGCAUGAUGUAAGCCACCACCGUCGCCACCAGCAUCAGUUUUCGAUUUAAAUGAUUAUAAUACAAAUGAUGAAAUCAAUUUAAAUUAUUAGAUAUUACAAAAUAACAAACGGAUAUGGAGCAGAAUACUUUCAUUGUUUUAGUUUUAACUGUUUCUGAGAAUGGAAUAAUGCCAAAUACAUGAAGAAAUUGAAAUAAAAAAAAUAUGUGUGUGUCAUUACAGUAAAAACAAAACUGAGACAUCAAAAUAUUGACAGCAACAACAAACAGCAGAUGAGUGUAACUUGAUGGUAGUAUAAUUAAACAAAAUGAGAGUUAAUGGAAUUUUUGAUCAACUAUUCGUGAAUCAAGCAAAAAGCAACAAAAGCAAAAAAAUCUAGUGUAACUAUUGAUAACAAAGGAAAAAAAACAAAAAACAAAAUACAUGCUGACAACAUGAAAACAAAGUAAUAAGCAAGAUUUUAAAUUAUUUCUGUUAUUUAUUUAAAAGCAAAAAAAAAAUUGAUGGAAAAACACAAAAAAUCUUAUCUAGCUAAACUAUGGUAGCGUUUAAGUAUACUUCAAACAGUGUUUAACGUAUAAUAAAAGCAAAAUAUCACUCUAUAAAUUAUAUGAUAUAAAAAAGCAAAUCAUCAGCAGAGAUUUAAUUUAAGAAAAGUUAUGCAUAAAAUAUAUUUAAAAAUCUAGAUCAGCUAUAAAAAGAUAAUAUAAUUAAUGGUAGAACCAUAAGGAGAACACACACCGUGAGAAGACAACUGAUAAAUGAUAAGACUUUGAUGCCGCUUCAAACUAUAGGAAAAUCAAUUUAUAACAAACAAAAAAGAAAUCAAAUAUGCACAAAGCUAGAAUCGUAAACGUAAUGUGUUAAAGCAAACCAAUCAUGUAGCGCUGUCGCAUAAAAAAAGAAAGGCUGGCGCGUAUCCUUUCCAGUCUUAACUAAAACGGUACCAAAUCAAUUGCGUACUGUGCCCCAGAGGCAAAUGUAAAUCACAAACAACACAUGUGUCAUAUCGAAAAUAACUCAACACGGUUUUAUACCCUUAAGUAUAACAAUUAUGCUCUUGCACGGGAAGAAUUCAUCCGCAGAUUAUUCAAUCGAAUGGCGUACGCGAAAAAAGUAAAUUCAUGACGAAUAACUGGAAGAUAAUUAGUGUUCCUGAGAGAAAGCGCGUGACUGAAGUAUUGAAAACGUUAAGAGAAACUUUGGCAGCAUACAGCAGCAAGCAUAUGCCAUUAUGUAUAACAUAAGCUGUUAGUAAUGGGAAUUGCAUUUGAGCUGUGCUAUGAAUCAUCAGUUCUGCCAGAAGAACGGAGCAACAGCUUUAUUUUUCUAAACAAACAUUCUUUGAAAUGAACCACAGGCUACCAGAAUAAAAUGGUUUCAUAUCAGUUAAUUCGUCAUAGCACUAGAACUAGAGCAAUUGGCAGUCAUGGUGACAUUUCGGUAAUUACAAACAUAUAUUUGAUUUCAGUAGUUUAACUGCGAGGUGAAGUCACUAGAUUUGCUUCAUUGUUCCUAACAUAUUUUUUAUUCGUUACCUACAGGUCUGUUUUCCGGUGGUACGAUCUUUUCAAUGUUUUUCUUGCAACGGCGCAUCUAAAAUAAACAAUCAAACGUUGAUAUUCUGCUUUUCUCUCAGCCACUGAUUCAAAUGAGAGUAAAACUAAACGACUGCAAGCGUAACUAGAAAUAAAAUGAAGAUACUUACAUACAUGUGUACCAACCAGAAUAAGACAACAAAAUCUUUCGAGAAUAUUUCACUGCAAGUUAUAGACUUUUCGUACUUUUGGAGAGAUAUAUAACAUGAGCUUACACACGUGUGUUUUUACCCUUGUAAGACAAUAUAUACAAAACCUAGCAAAAAGGAUUUACUACUACCAACACUACUACUACUACUACUACUAUCGCCACUAAAUAAACCCGCACAGAAUACAUGAAACAAGUACUGUAUCUUCUAAGGAUACAGCAAGAUACAAACUCUAACAACAUAACAGUCUGCAAAACAGCCUAGUUUUUCAACGCACUGCAGUGUCGUUUUCAGACAACAGCUUGCAUAAUUUUCGAACAGUUUAACGAGCUCCCACGCUCGAGUUUUUUCUCUCAUUGUUGAUUUUCCAAUAGACACCAGAGCAUUCUUUUCGAUGAGAGCUAUUGAUUGGUUUUAAUUGCACGCUACAAAAAGAUGAAGAAAUGCUGCACCCAAAACUGCACUAACUAGAGAGUAUAUUUUUGUGUAGAAAAUGCUGGACAUUUUCGUUUUUUUACCGAUUUCGCUCCUGACACCAGCCUGCCAGCAGGUAGAAAAAUCUCACCGCGCGAAUAGUUAAAACAUUAUCGCAUAAAUCUCACGAGAGCGGCACAAGACGAUGACAAAAUAAAAGAAAAAGCAAAUGCCCAGUAUCACUACAGACGAACAGUGAAUAUGUUAAACUGAGUAGCACUAGUUUGGUUUAAUUACUUUACUAUAACUAACACUGUUUGUAUUAUCAUUCUAUCAGUUUAUGAUAUGAAUAUCUAUGAUUCAUUGUUGUCAUUUCAAUAUUUAGUUUCAGUGUUUGAGCUUGCCUACAUUGCCACGAAAAUAUGUAUAUUUAACUUACAACAUGGAUAUUGAUAUGCUAACAUCAAAUAUGAAUACAAAUAAUACAUGUUUUUCUAUCCCGUUUGAAAAAAAAUCCUGCCGUCCUGCGGAAUUCUAAUGGUUAUUUUACUGUUUAAAUGCAUUAUUUAUUUGUCUAUUGAAACUUGAUUACUGAAAAUAAUUCAAUGCUUAGUAUAAUUUUAAGCGAUUAAAUGAUUACACUCAAAUUUCACUUGCAAAGAUACACAGACAUAUAAACUAAAACACACGCUCACAAUCAGUAAAAACAUAUAGUGAAACCAACGCUGAGGAAUAACAUGCAUACAGCUACACAAAACAAUGAUGAUUAAUUGAAACAUUAACAAGGGACGAGUGAAAGAAGAAGAAAAAAAAACAAAGAAAUGCAUACUGUUACUGUCUCGUUAUUAAAGGUGUCGUAUAACGGUAGUGAACAAAAAGGAUGAAAUUAAAUAUUAAA